AUGACGCGAAACAGGGCUGCCGUCAAAGCAUACGAACUUCGCAACAAGAACAAGGCCGAGCUCUUGAAGACUCUUGACGAGCAAAAGCAGGAACUCGCUUCCCUGCGUGUUCAAAAGGUCGCUGGCGGUUCUGCUUCCAAGCUUCACCAAAUUGGAUUGGCCCGCAAGAACAUUGCCCGUACGUUGACCGUCAUCAACCAGACCCAGCGCGAACAGCUCCGUCUCUUCUACCAAAAGAAGAAGUACAUCCCCAUCGACCUUCGCGUCAAGAAGACCCGUGCCAUGCGUCGUGCAUUGACUCCUUUUGAACGCAAGCUCAAGACCGAGAAGCAGCAGAAGAAGUUGAACCACUUCCCCCUUCGCAAGUAUGCUGUCAAGGCCUAA